ACAAGACAAGACAGAGACAAGACGUGGCUGCCCGAAGCAAAUUCUAGCCAUUCUUGGCGAAUUUUGGCGAUACCGCAACACAAUUUCGGUCAAAUACAUCGCCCAAUAUGGGUCUUUGCAAAUGUCCCAAGAGGCAGAUUACGACCCAGUUUUGCUUUGAACAUCGUGUGAACGUCUGCGAAAAUUGCAUGGUGGUGAAUCAUACGACGUGCACUGUGCAAUCGUACAUUCAAUGGCUGAAAGACAGCGAUUUUGAUUCCAAUUGUACCCUUUGCGGAAGCCUCCGUACUAGUGACGAUUGCGUUCGACUAAUAUGCUAUCAUGUGUUCCAUUGGAAAUGCCUCAACGCUCGACAACAACUUUUACCAGUGAAUACAGCUCCUGGCGGUCACACUUGCCCAAUUUGCAGCGAUUCUAUUUUUCCACCCGGGAACCUAGUGUCACCGGUGGCUGACGUGUUGAGAGUGCGACUCGGGCAGGCCAACUGGGGUCGAAACGAACUAGGACUGCCUUUGCUACACAGUGAACGAAUCUUAAGCACCACUAGUACGAACACCAAUGCAAUGUCAUCGAGCUCAGGCGCAGCUUCGGCGUCCAACGGGGCUACUGUGUACGGAAAUUCAUCCCAGAACCGAAUAUUGCACACCACUAAUUCAUCACUAGUCAACAAGGAACGCCCGGAAACGCCACAUUUAAUAGUGAACCUCGAUCCUUGCGCGAACGUCGCAAACAGUCGCCGGACAACUUUGCUAUCACGAGAAGCGCCGAUCGGCGGUUCGGAUCGCGAUGACAAUAAGUACAAGCGUCGAACACCACAGGAAAUCUUCUCGCGCUGGUCGCGCCGGUUGUACGCACCGUCCGUGAAACCGAUGUGGCGAAAGACAUGGUUCCUCGUCGUCACCGGAUUGCUAGGCUUUAUGUGUAUCGUCUAUGUUAUGGACACGUUGGCACGAAGCGAUGCCGGCGAAGGGUUUGGUGGUUUCAUCCCAAAUCGCAAUCUACCACAUGCCGAAGAGUGAUAGUAACGCUGUGUAUUCUUCCGAAAACUAUCGAUCGUGUGCAAUUUGCAUUAAUGUUUUAUUGUUUUAUGUUGUUCUUUUAAAACGAAGUGUGCUCUGAUAGACCACUUUUGCUGUAAGACAAUAUAAAAAAUGUCAUCCCUGAGCCAGGCGUCGUAGUAACAAAGAAAAAAUGGUUAUGAAAGUGCAAGGUUUCGAAGAUGUGGUUUGUGAAAAAGUGCAGUGAGAAUAACUAAUGAUCAUUCCUUUUUGUAUUCAACAUUAUUUUCAACUUCGUACAAUAUUUAGAAGUGUUAACAAUAUAUGUAAAUCACUUUUAAGCAAUUCCAUCACGUGUACUUUAUGUAUACUUUGCUCUUUUCGAUUUUUAGUUUGUUUUGCUUUCCUCCCCAGAGUUAAGUUGAUAAGAGAGCAAUUUAUUGCUGCGCCCACAAAACAGCUAACCAUCAAUCAACCUUCAAUAAUUUCUGCAAUUUGCAUCAAUAAACUGUCCAUUUAAUCAACGUACCUCGGAACGCAAAGGAAUCCGUUAUAUUGUUUUCGUCUAUUUAUUGGCGUAUAAGGCAGCUGCUUUUGGUAUACAAUUUAAUUUCACACU